CACAUAUCCAAAUUUGGGACUUAAUUUCUCUCCUUUUCCUUUCUCCACUAAAUCUUCAACAAUCAACACUUGUCAUAGCACAUUCCUCUCUAAUCCGAUUUUUUUCACACCCCAACAACACUCCUAUCCACAAAUGUUCAUAUCAAAACUCUCCAAAUUUAGCAGCCAUGUUUCCACCCCUCGUUUCUUAUUUGGUCUUUUCAUUUUCCUAGCGACUCUUCAAAACAGUCUUUGUCUUCCAUUAUCUUUAACACCAAGGCACCAGCUAUGAGUUAAUCAGUAAUCACACACACCCUUAGGCUCAGAAAUCAGAAUUCACUCUCUCUGGUGUGGUCUCAUUCCGGGUUGCAACUCACACCAUUAUUAGCUUUAUUAUUAGUGUCUGGUUUACACACAACGGUUUCUUUGUCCUCUUAUCUUCCAAAAAAAUCUUAAAGAGUGUUAUCUCUCUUUGUCCCUCUGUCUCUGGUGUUUUCUCCCUCUUGACACUGUUGCACCAGUGGUGAAGAUGCCCUUAUAUGGGUUUUUCACGUGGAGUUGUUGAAAUAAUAACGUGGUUAAUGCUUAGUGUUGACUACUCAAGGCUCUUGUGGCUAUUAUUUGGUGUCUUCUAUGAGAGCCAUGAGUGAAACUCAGCAUGAGCUUAUAUAUAACUAAAUUGUUUGUUGCUAUCUAUAUUAUUAGCACUCGUGUCUAUACACAACAAGCAUAGCACGGGUUUGAGUUAGGAAAGUUGUGAAGAUGGAAUUGCCUGAUACAAUCAGUACAGCCAUGUAUAAGGGGAGAUUCUGCACGAGUAGUGGAGUUAAGUCUCAGCUUGGUUAUGUUGAAACCGAUCCAUCUGGUCGAUAUGGCCGCUUCAGGGAUGUUCUCGGCAAAGGAGCAAUGAAGACUGUGUAUAGGGCAUUUGAUGAGUUACUAGGGAUUGAAGUGGCUUGGAACCAAGUCAAGCUUGGUGAUGCCUUUCACUCACCAGAGCAACUCCAGCGCCUUUAUUCAGAGGUUCAUCUCCUUAAGCACCUCAACCAUGACUCUAUGAUGAUCUUCUAUGGUUCUUGGAUCGAUGUCAGCAACAGAACCUUCAACUUCGUCACUGAAUUGUUCACCUCCGGCACCCUUAGAGAGUAUAGGCAGAAGUAUAAGAGAGUUGAUAUCCGAGCAGUUAAGAAUUGGGCUCGCCAGAUUCUAAGUGGUUUGGAGUAUUUACACAGCCAUAAUCCUCCUGUGAUACAUAGAGAUCUCAAGUGUGACAACAUCUUUGUCAAUGGCCAUCAGGGGAGGGUCAAGAUUGGUGACUUAGGCCUGGCAGCUAUACUUAAAAGCUCCCAACAUGCACACAGUGUCAUCGGCACACCAGAAUUCAUGGCACCAGAACUGUAUGAAGAGAAAUACAACGAGCUGAUAGAUAUAUACUCCUUCGGUAUGUGCAUGAUAGAGAUGCUUACUUUUGAGUUCCCAUAUAGUGAGUGCGCCAACCCAGCUCAAAUAUACAAGAAAGUCACUUCGGGGAAGCUACCUGAAGCAUUUUACAAAAUCGAAAAUUUGGAAGCCCAGGAGUUUGUGGGAAAAUGUUUGACAAAUGUCUCAGAGAGACCAUCAGCGAAGGAGCUCUUGUUGGACCCUUUUUUAGCCAUGGAACAACUUGAAAUUCCAUUGCCACCAAGCAUACCAGCAUUAUUUACAAAUAAGUCUUUCAAGCUUAAUUGCCCUGCACCAAUUCCCAGUGACCAUCGUGAUCAAACAAAGAACGCGGAUAUGACAAUCAGCGGGUCAAUAAACGAAGAGAACAACACUGUUUUCCUUAAAGUCCGGAUAUCUGACAUAACGGGGCAUACAAGACAUGUGUUCUUCCCAUUUGACACAUUAAAGGACACGGCUAUUCAGGUGGCAAUGGAGAUGGUGCAAGAACUUGAGAUUAGCCACUUGGAGCCAUUGGAGAUUGCUGUAAGGAUAGAUCAUGAGGUAUCAGCUCUAGUUCCAACUUGGAGGGACAGGGUUAAGUGUCACCACCAACGACAGUACAGCUUUAACUACGAAGAAGAUGAAGAUGUCAAUAACCAUCACCCUUUCUUCUUAUCAUCUUCUCCAUCAUCCCCUCGCGGUUCUGGCCACAUGUCUGCUUCCAACUCCUUCAAGACUCGUGUUCGUGGAAACCAUUACCCUUUUACUCAAGAAUGGCCUCAAGAUGAUCCGUUCAUGGUCAACGACGACGCAAGCCCACAAGCCUCACUGAACUCCUUCAAGUGUUCGAGUUUCCAGUUCUUGGACCCGGGCCAGGAAGACGAGCACGCCCCAACAGAUGCAACCGAACGCACCAAGAAGUGCACACCAUUAUCGUACCGUACCGAAGAACCAGAACCCAAUUACACGAAACCGUUUAAUUACUGCCCUCCUCGUAUGGACUCUUGUUCGUGUGGUUGCAGCAGGUUCGGGUCGAGCCACGCGUACCCGAGGCUCACAAGGAUCCGGUCCUGCCCGCACGAGCGGAGGAGCCAGCAGCAGCUGCUGCAACGGUCGAUGAUGUUGGAGGAGAUGUACAAGUACAAGAGACGCUUCUUCAACAACGUUGGCGCCGUUGAGAACCUCGUGUCUAGAUGAUGAUCGAUCAUCAUGCAAUGCAAAUUAAUGAAUCUACGUGUUUCAUAACAUCAUGUGCUAAUUUCCUUUUUUUCUGAAAUACUGCAUGCUCUCUUUAUCUUAUUUGGACUCUCCCACCAAUACGAGUGCUUUUUAUUUAUUUAUUUAUUUACCUAUUAUGCUGAAUUUGUAAUGUUAGUCACGUAAAAGUUUCUCGUGGGGAAACUAAAAUAAGUUCUUGAUUUUGAUUACCGUGGAUGAUAUAUACUGAAAGGAUAAAUUAUGUUAAA